AUUGUGAGGUUAAAGCGUUAUGAUAAAUUUACAUCAUUACGUGAUAAAAGUUUUAUUGAAGUGUUGUUGGCGAACAACCAUGAGUUGGACACUAAUUCGGUUGAAAAGUAGUGGAAGACACCCAACGGCUGGAAUAAUCGUAAUUGGGAACGAAAUUUUAAAAGCCCAAGUAAAGGAUACCAACUGUUCUUAUGCGUGUAACUUGCUUUAUAAGCAUGGAGUCAAGGUUCAAAAGAUUGCAGUUAUACGAGAUGAUCUUGAAGACAUUGCAAAAGAAAUAAAGUACUUUUCGAAAAUGUUCAACUAUGUUUUUACAUCUGGUGGUAUAGGACCAACUCAUGAUGAUGUUACAUACGAAGCUACCGCAUUGGCCUUUAACGACACAUUACACUAUCACCCAACAUUAGUGGAUAUUAUACAAAAUUGUUUCAGCUGUGGAACUUUUCCUUCACCUGCUUAUAAAAUGGCAUAUAUACCAACUAAGUCUGUGCUUAAAUUUGGGACAAACAAAGUAACAGGAGAAAAGCUUGCUUAUCCUUGCGUAGUAAUACAGAAUGUUUAUAUAUUUCCUGGAUCACCUAUGUUUUUUGAAACUUCUUUUCAGGCAUUAUGCAAGGAAUGUUUUGCUAACUAUACAAGUUUUGCAAUAACUGAAGUUUACGUAAACGCAAGAGAGGAAUCGUUCGCAAGCGCUUUGUACGAAGUUACACGAGAAUAUCCAAAUGUUACUUUUGGCUCAUAUCCAGAAUCUAAUAGAUAUUAUAAAGCACGCGUAACUAUAGAAAGUGAGGAUGAGAAGGAGACCGAAAAAGCAAAAGAAAUGUUUUGCGAUCGAAUUCCAACAAAUGUGCUAAUACAUUACGAUCGAACACCACACGUGGAUUGUCUUUCGAAAUACGAAAGAUUAAUAGGAAAGUUUCAGCAUGGAUCAGUUUACGAGGGUUCCUUCAAGAAAUUCGUGAAUUACUAUAAGAAACCGGAAGAAGUGUGGAUAUAUUUAGACGGUAGCGAAGAGUCAGUCAUUAUGAUACAUCUCGCUCGUAUCGCUGGUAACAAAUUGCGACAUUGUCCAAAGUUGAAACUGCAUGCGAUUUGUUUUAAAUCGGAUAUUCUAACUUUGGACACGAAUGAAUUCUUUCAUGAACUUAAGAACAGAUACAAUGUUGAGUUAUAUGAUUUGGAGAACAAGGAUAACGAUGUCGCUUUGACAAUAAAACAUUUCGCUGCAUCGAAACCACAAUUAAGAAUAUUAUUGCUUGGAAAGCGAUUAAAUUGGAAGGAAAGAGAAAUGUAUAAUAAUCUUGCACGGUUAAGCGAGAGCACGUUUGUACAAGUAGAAUUUCCUCUCAUCGAUUGGACGGAUGAAGAUGUUGCAAAUUUCUCUAGUUCCCUUUCUCUACCUUAUUACACAACAAAGGGUUAAUGGAAUCGGUAUGACGAGGAAAAACUGAAAAAAGCAAGAAUAACGCAAAAACAUAGUGAACUAUUAAUGGAACUAGAAUCGACAUGACCGUACCUUUGUAUGAAAUUUUGUACUUACCGAUUGAUUUAUCAACAGGUUAUUGUAUAUUAAUUAAUG